CCCGACCGUGCAAGUCCACAUGGGCAAGCUCAGCUCGGUCCAGCUGAGGCUGCGUCUGCCUUUUAAACAGCCGUUCACCCUGCAGGACAGCGGCUGUCAAACGUCAACCCAAGACUUGCAUCCAGAAUCAGUGCGCCGAAAGAUCGACUACUCAGUUUCUUUCACCCAGUCAGUCAGUCUCAUACUCGCCUCGCAUCAAUGGCGUCAACAGCUUCAAUUCGCCGCUUCCGACCGGCGUCCAUCGCGGCCACCAUCGCCGCGGGAGGUAUCGGCUUGGGCGUCAUCUCAAAGAUGCUCGUCGGGAACGCGUCCGCUGAGUCGGAUGCGCCGCCAAAGGUCUUUGGCGCGGGGCCCGCGUUCGUGUCAUUACCGCUGGAGAGCGCGGAGCAGAUGAACCACAACACGAAGCGGCUGCGAUUCAAGCUGCCACAAAGAGAGGCCGUUAGCGGACUGUCACUAACAUCGGCUGUCCUCACAAUGUCAUGGCCAAAGGGCCGAUGGCUCCCCGUCGCAAGGCCGUACACACCUGUGCAACCCCUGGAUGACACCGGCUACCUGGAGCUCCUGGUAAAAAAGUACCCGGACGGCAAGCAGAGCACACACCUCCACUCCAUGACACCAGGCCAAACGCUGCUCUUCGCCCUGGCCAUCAAGGGCCACCAGUGGAAGCCCAACAGCUACCCGCACGUCACGCUGAUCGCAGGCGGCGCGGGCAUCACGCCCAUCUACCAGCUCGCGCAGGGCAUCCUCCGCAACCCGCUGGAUAAGACGGCCAUCACGCUCGUCUUCGGCGUCAACUCGGACCCGGACGUCCUGCUCAAGAAGGAGCUUGAACAGUUUGAAAAGGAGUUCCCCGGGAGGUUUAGGGCCGUGUAUACGGUCAGCAACCCGGCACCGAACUCGCCUCUGAGGAAGGGCUACGUAACGAAGGAGCUGUUGCAGGAGGUUGGUGCGGUGCCCAAAGACGGAGCCGAAACCAAGGUGUUUGUGUGCGGGCCGCCGGCGAUGGAGGCGGCGUUAGUCGGGAAAAAGGGUACGUCGGGUAUCUUGCAGCAACUCGGGUACCGCAAGGACCAGAUCCAUCAGUUUUGAGGGGGGAAAAAGAUGAAGGAUUGUAAGAUAGAGAACGGAAUUCUAGACCACCUGUAAAAGUUCAACCUAGGGUAUCGGCUGGUGAGCGCUUGCGAUUGCAUCUGGAUGGAACAUGAAGGCUGGUUU